GGGUCUCCUAUCUGACCAGAUUAGGUAGAUCGAUCAAACCCGGCCAAAUGGACAGAAACCUGAUUUAGGCAUGUGCACUAGCUCUCAAAAAUGGAAAGCCUCUACCUGGAAAUGGUGCAUGUUUUGAUAAGAUAAAGAAAGUUUUUGUCUCUGAGGUUUUAAAAGUAUCCGUCGGGGCUGUUAUCAUGAGUGCGGAUAAGAAAAGGCGGUCGUCCAAGGUGGGCGAUUCAAAUAUGGAGAUGACAGCAGUUCAAAAUAACGAAACAAAGCAAGAAAAUGGGAAACAAGAAAAUGGGAAGGUACCGAAAGAGGAAACGAAGACAUCGACGAAAGACGACAAGAAGACGGACAAGCCUAAAGUGAUAGCCGUGAAAACUGCAGAGUCGAAUCACCAUGAUCCCAAUAUUGUGGACAAAGUGGAAGAAAUAAUGGAGGAUAUCCACUGCUGUAUCCGGGUUCAAAACAAGAUGUGCUUCAAAGUGUUUGUAUUCCUUGUGGUCCUUGUUCUAGACAGUGCUGAUCUGAUUUCUGAUUGGCUGCUUUUCCGUGAUGUGUUCAUCACAGAGGAAGGUCUUGUGUAUGGACCCCCGGAAGAUGCGCUCACGUACGCUUUACUAGCUUUCUCUAUUUUGGGAACGCUGACUUUUAUUUUCGAGGUGGUAAAUCUUUGGUGGGAGAUUUUCCGAAAUAAUCCCUGGAUUGAUUCAGAUCUAGCCUCAACCAUCACCAUAUGGAUAGAGGACGUACCACAAAUUAUCAUUAACGUUCUGAUCGUUUUAUGUCGAGAGGAGGCCAUUAGUUACUUCCAGCUGGUCAAGGCAUCUGUUUUAAUCAUCGGAGUUGUUAUAAGAAUUAUUGUAUCUCUAAUUCGAUAUUGCUCGAAAAAGAAUCUAGAGGAAGCUAAAAAACGAACCGCGGAAUCACGGCGUCACGUGGCAUAUAGGGUCUUCAUCAUGUUUGGGUUGAUAUGUAUAUUAGCUGGGUCAGUCGCUGUUUUUAUGCUCACACAGUUUGAAAGACACCCGGAUGGAGCUGUACAGUUCAAUUUACCGAAAACAGCUUUUGAAGGAAAAUUCCACGAAGAGAAAUACUUUGAUAACGUCAGUAUAUAUCUAAACCAUCCAGUAUUUGACACGAGCACUGGGAGUUCUCAGAUUGCUUUUAUUCGUUUGAUUAGCAUCUAUGACAUCAGAAAUAAGGAGGACAAGAUUUUCAAACUAUCGUAUAAGGAAAGUUCAAAAGAUAAGUUCAUCAUAUGGGAAUCUGAUAAUAGUGGAAUUCUUCAGGCAAAAGAAUGCUUUAGGAUCAACAAAGGCAACAAACAUGUCACUAUAGAUAAUCCUUGUUCCACGUCUUAUAUUUCUUCUCCAUCUGAUUUCACAUUUAAGUUCCAUUUUAUAAAACCUUCCAUACCAAAGCUGAUAUUUGGUGAUAUAACAUAUAACGUCAAGGUUAAAGAGAGUAACGUAUGUCGUGAUCCAUCUACAGAUAUCGUUACCAAACCAAACAAACGUACAGGAAGCGGAAACACUCGAUCUCCCGUGAUACAUUACUACCGCGCCCAUAUAAGCUCGGACUCGCAUCUCCUGACAGAUAAGUUAUACCAGUACCCAGAUGACUUAACUGACAUAGCGGAAGUGUGGAAGACAGGAUUCGCUUCCUGUGAAAGUUCGGGAAGUCUGGCACCACAUAGAGACACAUCAUUGUUGACUACCUGCUCAUAAAUUUGAAAAAGGGAGAUAAAUCCUUUGACAAGCAUUUUUUGUGUGGGUUUAGGCAUGUGUGGUUCUGAAAAAAUUUAACUGACAUUUUU